UCUAACUCCACGCAAAAUCAACGUCAAGAAAUUUACAGUCUCUCGUGGUCCUGAGCUUGAGGCUCUUCACUCAAUAGUAGUGGAUCGAUUGAAUAAUGAUUUCGGGUCUCGAAGGAAUAAGAGACGGAGAACGACCGCAUUCAACAAUCAACUUGCGAGGAAGAAAUGCAGAAGGAGGCAGAAGGCGGGAGGAGAAGUUAAUAAGGAUGGUACUUUGGAGAAAGAUAAUAAGAAGAAGGUCCCUCGACAUGUUCGUCGGAGAGCUGAGCUCCAAAUGAAUCUAGAAACAGGUUUUUGUACGUCUGGAGACGGUACGAAGAGGCUGAGAACACAUGUCUGGCAUACGAAGCGGUUCAUAAUGUCAAAGCUCUGGGGUUUUUAUGUUCCUUUGGGUCUUCAUGGCAGAGGAAGAAGACAAGGGGUCCUUGUACAUGACGCAAGCUAUCAUGUUGCUGUCCAAUUGGAGGGUCCUGAGCUUUGUCAUGUUGGAGCGCCUGUUUCUCAGUCAAUUGCUCCUGUGACCUAUAUGUGGCGAUCUGUUUGCCAGGAGAGUGGAUGUGGGGAUGCUAUGAAUCAUAAUAGUGAUGGGGGCAAUAGGUCAGAGGGUAGUCGGUUCUGUUCUUCCUCUCGCCAAAUUUGGGUGUGGAUACAUGUUUCUGCUGUGAGUGAAGGACUUGAUGCUCUAAAAUUAGCUUGCCAAAAGGAGAUGGAUGAGAGGGGCUGCUUGAUCAAUUGUUUUUCACUUGAAGGUCAACUUGCAAAAUUAGAAGUAUCAGGAUUAAAGGCAUUUCAGCUCCUUCAAAAGAUAUUACAUCCUGUUACUUGUUUUUCAGAAAAAUCUUGGCAGAAACAUUGAGCUGAAGAGUCCAACAGAGACUCUCAAUU